UCCGAGCCCGCGGCAGCGCCGGCACAAGAAGCACCGGAGCAGACGCCCCACUAGGCGGCGCCUGGGGCGGAGCGGGCGGCGCUCGGCAUCGACGCGCCGGGGCUCGGCGUAUCGAUUGCUGCGGGAGCGGCUGCGCUGCCUGCGCUGCGUACCGGCCACCAUCUCGGCGGGACUCGGCAGGUCUGCAGCUGCCCCAGAGGAUGGACAUCAGGCCGAACCACACCAUCUACAUCAACAACAUCAAUGACAAGAUUAAAAAAGAAGAACUGAAGAGGUCCCUGUAUGCAUUGUUCUCACAGUUUGGUCAUGUGGUUGACAUUGUGGCUUUAAAGACUAUGAAGAUGAGAGGACAAGCUUUUGUGAUAUUUAAAGAGCUUGGAUCAUCUACCAACGCUCUGCGGCAGCUCCAAGGCUUUCCGUUUUAUGGAAAACCUAUGCGUAUCCAGUAUGCAAAAACAGAUUCUGAUAUCAUCUCCAAAAUGCGUGGUACUUUUGCUGACAAGGAAAAAAGGAAGGAAAAGAAGAAGGCCAAAACUCUGGAGCUGUCAGCAAAUGCAGCAAACAAAAAGGUUGUCCAGGGAGCAACACAAAAUGCAGCCAAUGCCCCAGGGACUGGAGCACAGAAUCAGCAGGUACCUGAUAACCCACCAAACUAUAUCCUUUUCCUUAAUAACUUGCCUGAGGAAACAAACGAGAUGAUGCUGUCCAUGUUGUUCAAUCAGUUUCCUGGAUUCAAAGAAGUACGCUUAGUGCCUGGGCGCCAUGACAUUGCGUUUGUGGAGUUUGAAAAUGAGAAUCAAGCAGGAGCUGCUCGAGAUGCUCUCCAAGGAUUCAAGAUCACUCCAUCUCAUGCCAUGAAAAUCACUUACGCAAAGAAAUAAAGGGGUGCUUCCAUAGAGGACUUCUGUGGAGAAGAGAUUUUGUGAUAGGAUACUUUGGACAGCUGGCAUGUUUGCUUUUCUCUGCAGAAAACUUGAAGACUUGUGUAUGAUUGCCACAGUGGCCUGAACAGAUGUAGAAUUUUCACAUUGGAGACUAAUUUUUUUUGUGAUUGGAUACUGGUUUUUAUAAAAUGAAUUCAGUUUGUGCUGUUUUCAAACAAUGUGUUGGUUUUUUCCUCAAAUACCUCUUAUGCUUGAUCUGUUAGGGUUGCAGGGCUUGUUUAGUAAGUUUAGCUUAAUUUUAAGAUGACACUGAUUUCUCAGAUGUAAAAGCUGGAAAAAUGUUUGUCUCUCCAGGACAAAAACGGUAAGCAGGAGUGCUAAAUGUCAGCAUACUCAGAAUAAAUGCAAAACUCAGUCUCCAGCUUCAUUAUCAAAGGGGCAGCUGGUUUUCAGGAAGAAUAAUUCAUUGCUGAAGAAAAAACAAUUUAUCAUUAGUGAGUUUUUUUUCCCCAAGUAUGGGUAGAAAUUGAUUGCAGUCUAACAGCACCAUUGUUCAACGUGAGUUUGUCUUCUAGAAUGAUGGCUGGAAGUAGAAGCAGAUCCACAGAGAAAUAUCAACUUUUAUGUGUUGUCUUCUCUUUUGCUCUUUCCAGCACAAUUACCAGUAUUUUAAAAUAAAUGGUUUAGGAAGAACUUUCUGACUUGCAAA